AUGAGGACCUGCAACUACAUUUCUGCUGCUGUGGCAUCGCCGCCGCCGCUCAUCAGGCAAUGGCCAGGCCGCAUUUCAUGGCGGCGGCCCAGCAGGUUGCAAUGUUCCGCCACAAGAACACGCCAUGAAGAUGGCCCUGACAACAAAGGUGACAACCGCCUGAAGCAGAACACUGGCAUUUUCCACCCAUCCAUAUGGGGAGAUACCUUCCUCGGCUACUCCAACCCAGCAGCUUCAUCGCAACAACAGAUGACAGAACGAGAGGAUAAACUCAAGGAAGAAGUGGCCGAAAUGAUAGCGAGUUCAUCUACUACGACUGCUGCUAGUAGGCUGCAACUCAUCGAUGCAUUGGAGCGUCUAUGCUUGGAUCAUCUGUUCGAAGAAGAGAUCAGUGCGGCACUAGCACAGAUUGAGACUGCUGAUGUCAGCGGCUAUGAUCCUGGGACUGUGCACUGUGGUUUUGUCUACUUCGGAAACAUCGAUACACGGUCUCGCCAGCAUAUGAGGACCCAUGGAGAGGUAAUACUUGAGGAAGCUGUACUAUUCAGCCAAACGCGUUUAGAAAGAAUGAUACCUUACAUGGAAGAGUCAUCAUUGGCACGUGAAGUAAAAUCUUCACUUGAGAUCCCUCUUCCUAGAAGAGUUAGAAUUUACGAGUCAAAGUAUUACAUCUCUGCCAAUGAGAAAGAUGCCACGUUGCAUGAGACGGUGUUGCAACUUGCAAAGUUGAACUCAAAUAUUAUGCAGCUCCAUCACCGACAAGAGCUGGAUAUCAUUACAAGGUGGUGGAAGGAUAUAGAUAUUGAAUCGAGGCUUCCAUUUGCUCGAGAUAGAAUCGUGGAGUGCUAUUUGUGGAUAUUAGGGGUAUACUACGAACCAUGUUAUUCACGAGCCCGAAUAAUAUUGACAAUGAAUAUAGCAAUUGCGACCAUUGUGGAUGAUAUUUUUGAUUCUUAUGCAACUCCCGAAGAAUGUGAAUUAUUUACCAAGUGCAUGGAAAGCUGGGAUUCAAAGGGGGCUCGUGACCUUCCAGAGUGCAUGAAAUUUGCUUUGGAGAAAAUAUUCAAUAGCUAUGAAACCAUUGAAAAUAUGCUCCGCCAGGAGGGGAAAUAUCGAAUGCCAUAUCUAAGAUACUUUGCAAAAGACAUAGUAAGAAGCUACAACAAGGAGGUAAAAAUGCUUCAAGAAGGAUACAUUCCAAAGUCUGUUGAAGAACAUCUGAAGGUUUCGAUGAUGACCAGCGGAUGUCCCUUUUUGUCAUGUGCUUCCUUGGUUGGGAUGCAUGAUAUAGCAACAGAGGAAUGCUUUGAUUGGGUUUCCAGUGUACCUAAAAUGGUGCAAGCACUUUCCGUGAUUCUUAGACUAGAAGAUGACCUCGAGUCAGAUGAGCGAGAGUGGCUGAUCCCUCAUGUUGCUUCGACAAUCGAUAGCUACAUGAAGGAGCACGACGUCUCGAUCGAAGUUGCACGUGGGCAGAUACACGUACUCAAAGAGGAAUCAUGGAAAGAUUUUAACAGCGAGUGGCUUAACACAGACAAUAAUGCCUAUCCAAAGCAAAUACUGGAGAGGAUAUUCAACUUGACGAGGACGAUGGAAUUCAUGUACAACCAAGGGGAAAAUUUCACAAACUGCCAUAACUUAAAGGAUACCGUCCAUUCGUUGUUGUUGGCUGAACCAUUUGCGAUCCCCAUUUAG